AUCUGCAAUCCCUAGUCUGUAGUGACCUCCAAAUCUCAUUGUCGCAAGGUGCAAGAUAUCAAUUUCCAUUUUGGAAAACAAGAUUCCUAUAAAGAAAAGGCCUCUCUCUCUCUCUAUCUCUCUGUCUGAUCAGGGCAGUGGAUAUACUUCCUCUCACAAUGAAGACUGGCCAACAAGAACCCAAAUCGACCACUCCACUCAUCCUACUGUUCCCCAAUCCCCAUCAAUGUUUCAAUCCCUUAAUCUGCUCCUGCAGUUCAUCACACUCUACCAACUCUCUGUAAUACCCUCACUCUUUCAUCUUCGCUCAGGAAAGGAGAGAGGCAUUGGCAUAAGUAAUUAACUAAUAAGAUGGCCGGAUUAAGCGUUCUCUUGGAAACAAAAAAUAGCCUGCCAAACUACGCAAAGAUCAUAUGCAAAACCUCGCUCGUGAAGAACUCCGCUUCUUCUCCCUUAUGCGCCAGCCCUUUCCUGGAAAAUUGCUACAUGUGCCAGGAGAAGCUGCAGCAAGGGAAGGAUAUCUACAUGUACAAAGGGGAUCGAGCAUUCUGCAGCGAGGAGUGCCGGCGCCGGCAGAUAUUUAUGGACGAGGAGAGCGUGAGGAGGGACCAGUGCUCCAUCUCCGCUGCGACGGCCGCCGCGGAGAUCCUCCGACCGAGGAGGAUGGCCAGGAAAGGAGAGGUCACCUUGGCCGAUCGGCUUGCGCGCUGACGGGAAUAUUUUGUUUUACCAAACUGCCCUUAUCCGCCUACUGUUAAGCCUCUGCGGUGCCAGACCUGGCUCAUGCAUUUUUUUUUUAUUGCAAAUUUAGAAG